AUGGGACAGACGUGCUGGCUUUCCGUCUCGCAGCGGUCUCAAAUAGAAAACCACAUCAUUGCGGGCGUCUUUAUUGCGGAUGUCGGCAGUCUGCCCAUCAAUGGCAAGCUGGAUGUGACGAAACUGCAAGCAUUCGAAAUUCUUAUAUCUAGCGGAAAGCGCCACAUCUCCGGACCGGUACCCAAGCGUAGCAACCACCGCAAUGCUCGAGGAACGCUCGAACCAUUCGGGAUAGCCCCCGGGGCUCUUUCAUACGUGAUCACCACCUAUCGGAAUGACGACUGUUAUGGCGAGUCUAAGAGUGUCAAUGUGUGGGACAACACAUGCAGAGGUACCAACAUCUUUGCGACCAAGUCAGUUCGAGUCGAUACGUACGGAGGUCGUCACCAGAAAGCCACCUUUUUCACAGCCAACGGAUGCGGCGCUGCUGUGAGCGCAAGGUACGCUUGGUGGGCGGAUGGCGGAGACAGCACAUUUGUGAAGGUCAAGUGCCUGAAAUUUGAUCGUGAAAUUCAUGCCUACGGCUCUGUUUCGUCCUAG